CUCAUCUUCCUUCUCCUAUUCUACUUCUCACCCACUUCUUCCCUUCCUCUCCUCCGUCUUCCCAUAAUUUUCUUCUCUGAGAAUCCUUUCCGCCAUGUUUAGGCUCUGGAAAUGGUAUCAGAACUGCCUUACCUUCCAUCCGGUGAAGACUCAGGUCAUCAGCUCCGCCAUUCUAUGGGGCACUGGCGACAUUGCAGCCCAAUACGUUACUCACUCGGCCGCCAAAACUCAUCUUCAAACUUCUCAGGAUGCUGAAAAAGAGUUCAAAAUCAACUGGAAACGUGUUGGAAUCACAAGCAUGUUUGGAUUCGGCUUUGUUGGACCAGUCGGUCACAUGUGGUAUGAAGGGUUGGACAGAUUUAUAAGGCUAAGGCUUCAGCUACGGCCAAAAUCAGCCAAGUUUGUUGGGGCAAAACUGGCAAUGGAUGGGCUGAUCUUCGGACCACUCGACUUAAUCGUGUUCUUCAGUUAUAUGGGAUUUGCCAACGGCAAAGAUGCUUCUGAAGUGAAAGAAGACUUGAAGCGGGACGUGUUCCCGGCGUUUAUGUUGACGGGUACGGUGUGGCCUAUCAUUCAGGUCGCAAACUUUCGAUAUGUGCCAGUGAGGUACCAACUUCUCUAUGUUAACUUGUUCUGCUUGUUGGACAGUGCUUUUUUGUCAUGGUUUGAGCAACAAAAUGAUGCUCCUUGGAAGCAAUGGUUUACCUCUUUUAAUCCUUUUAAUGAAAAAUAAGAGAUUUUGAGACUGAGGAAAUGCCUGAUUUGUUCCCUUUAUAGACUGUCAAGAUAUUCUAAGCCACUUUUGUUCAAUCUCUCUCUCCGUUUCAAUCAA